AUGAUCUACCACAUAGAUCAGUUGAUUCAGGCGAAUACGAAGACCGUGGGCACUCUACCAAGUGCAAAGGAGUACUGUCCUAACUCGACGAGCACAGACAUUGUGGAUGGUAUUGUGGAAGGCGUCCUUCAGAAAGAUAUGUCUAUGGGCAUUGUUACGACAACUCGAAUCACACAUGCCACUCCUGCCGCCCUCUAUGCUAAGGCAAGUCGUUCCGGAGUCGAACGAGACGCGGAGUACGAUGAGGCUAACGUUCGUUGCACAAGGGACAUUGCCAAGCAGCUGCUUUCUUAUCCGGCUUCCGAGUUCAAGGUGUUGAUGGGUGGAGGAAGUAGCUACUUGAUGGAGAAAUCCCGAAAUGGAUCCCGCGGGGAUGGACUGAACAUAGACCUUGAAUGGAUGCGUCUUGGUGGGAAGCGGAACGUCCUGAGAACGCCAGAUGAUCUGAGCGAAGUCAAUGCGGCCGACGACGAGAAACUGCUCGGACUCUUUUCCGAAUCACACUUUCCUUACUAUCUCAAUGAAAGGCUGGAAAAUAAAAAGACCACUCCACGGCUCCACGAAAUGACUGCAAAAGCAAUUGAAGUGCUCCAGCGAGAUGACGAAGGAUUUUUCUUAGUGGUUGAAGGUGGGCUGAUUGACAUAGCUGAGCACGAGAAUUGGAUGCACGUGACAUUUUCCGAGGUGUACGAGUUCGAGGAAGCAGUUAGAGUGGCACGAGGAAUGACGAAUCCAAAUGAGACGUUGAUCAUCGUCACAGCUGAUCAUGGCCAUGCACUCACACUUCCUGGAUAUUCGCCAACUAAGGAGACUCUUCUUUGGUGA